GGGGUCCUUCACAGCACCACGUAGCUUUUUGAAACCGGAAGUUGAGUUUGCCUCAAUUUGGACCAAGUUCCGUUAAUUCUUUUACAUCCACAAUAAAAAAAAAUGCUCUCAGUAUUUAAAUCUAUUCCGACCCAUAUGGACUAUAAAGGCCAGAAACUGGCUGAACAGAUUUUCCAAGGAAUAAUUCUCGUCUCAGCGGUGAUUGGAUUCAUAUAUGGUCUAGUUAUUGAACAAUUUGGAUGGACAGUUUACAUAGUCUUGACGGGCUUUGCCGUGUCCUGUGUGUUGACCCUUCCCCCUUGGCCCAUGUACAGAAAGAGCCCCCUGUCCUGGCAGCCAGCCCUACCGGAGAGCAGUGGUGAAACAAGUCAGAAACCUCAGGAAAGCAUCAAGAAGAAGAAGCACAAGUAAACGAGAACCAUCCCUACCAAGCUGUCUGAAUGCACCCUUUUAUAAUGAAAAUAACGGAUUUUUUCCUCACAAAAUUCACUUAAGUAGCAUUUGUAUGGAUGAGUUUGUUACAAUAUGUCUGUCAGUGGUGAACUGUCAAUAUAUUUAAAUAAACAUCAAACAAGA